AUGUUUAUUAUUAAUUCAAUUGCUAUUACCAAUGAUCAAAAAUAUGUUAUAGGUGCAACUAACACUGGAGCACUCUACUUUUGGGAUUUUGAAAACAUUCUCCUAGAAAAUAGUAGUAGAACAUAAGAAAAGACGUAUCAUCAUUCAUAAUUAAUUAGAUAAAAUACACUAAUAUACAAAGCAUCAUAUAAAUUUCCUCUUUUUAAAGAUUCAAUAUAAUAAAUAUUACUUAUACAAGAGAGUUUAUAUUGUGUAGUUGCUAAUAAAUUGUAUCAGGUUUUAAUGUCAUCACUUAUAUCUCCUAAUCAAAUUAUAGACACAGAUUUAAAUAGUUCAGUUAUGAUUGUAAUUCUAAAUACUAUUUCUUUAGUAAUCUUUUUAAGAAGAGAUUGAAUUUAUCAAAUACAACAAUGAAAUUUUAAUUGUUGCUGUGGGAUCUAGAUUAUAUUUUAUUGAUUUAUAGCAUGAAAACAAUAUAAUUGAGUAAUUAUUAAUUUACUAUUAGUAAAGAGAAAUCGAUAUAACAUAAUCAAUCAAUGAUAAUAUUUAUACUUUAGUACCAAUCAAAGAUGUGAAAAUAACUAGUUUGGCUGUUAUUGGAUAGAAUUUUCUAGCUAUAGGAUCAGAUAUUGGAAUAAUAGGAAUUUGGUGUAAGAUAUCAAUAUAAAUCAAUGUUAGCUAAUUCAACAUAUUCAUUCCAAUCUGUACUCAGUUUUAAAGCUGCAAAUUAGGAAUUAUCAUAUGUUAAUGAUGUAUAUAAUUAUUUGAUAAAUUUAAUUUAGAUAUUGUAUUUAGAAGAUGAACAAUAAAUAAUUAGUUUACAUAAGAAUUAUUUAGUCAUUUGGAAUUCAAUUUUAAGAAAUGAUGAUGAAAUAAGACCCAUUUCUGAUUAUUAUAAAAUGUGUAGUUUCCAAAAUAAUGUAAAUAUUUCAUUUAUUUAGAUUUAUUUAACAAAAGGAAAUAGAUAAAUUGAAUAAAUGAAUUCAAAAAUAACACUAUAAACAUCAUCUGAUGUUAUAUUGUAAUUUAGUACGAUUUGUUAUUAGAAUAGUAAUGUUCUUAUUGCAAAUGGCUCAAGUCCAUUUGUAGAUAUUUAUGUAGAUAAAAAUUAUACAUUGACAUUAAGUUGUUUAUGA